AUGGAGUGGUUAUUUGGACAUCGGAUGACUCCGGAGGAGAUGCUGCGCAAAAACCAGCGCGCACUCAAUAAGGCCAUGCGAGACCUGGACAGGGAGCGUAUGAAGAUGGAACAACAGGAGAAGAAGGUCAUCAAUGACAUCAAGAAAUUGGCCAAGGAGGGCCAAAUGGACGCAGUGAAGAUAAUGGCAAAGGACCUGGUGCGCACGCGGCGGUACGUGCGCAAGUUCAUGUUGAUGAAGGCCAACAUCCAGGCAGUGUCGCUCAAGAUCCAGACCCUCAAGUCGCAGAAUACGAUGGCGCAGGCCAUGCGCGGCGUCACGCGCGCCAUGGCCACCAUGAACCGGCAGCUCAACAUGCCCCAGAUACAGAAGAUCCUGCAGGAGUUCGAGAAACAGUCGGAGAUAAUGGACAUGAAGGAGGAGAUGAUGAGCGACUCCAUCGACGAGGCCAUGGCGGCCGACGACGACGAGGAGGAGAGCGACCAGGUGGUGUCGCAGAUCCUGGACGAGCUGGGCCUGCAGCUCAACGACACGCUGUCGGGGCUGCCGCAGGCUACCGGCUCGCUCUCCGUCGCAGCGAAAAAUCCGGCGGCGCCGGCGGUCGCGGUCGCGGGCGGCUCCGGCGGCGGCGGCGCCGGCGUAACGGACGCGGAUGCUGAACUGCAGGCACGCCUCGACAACCUACGCCGCGAGUGA